UGUCACGCAUCAUAACACAGACACAGUCAAGUUUUAUACAUGAAUAUAGUUUAGCCGUCUGCCAUUGUUGUGCCUUCAAAUCUACUCCCUCAUCUAUAUGCCGAAGAAACAUUUCACCUCUUGUCAAAGAGGUUUUCUUUGCCAAAUAAUAUAUUUCAUAUUUCAAUUAAAUCACAUUUCCAUCCCAGAUUGUCUUCUGGAUCCACUGAAGGUUUGCAGGGUGAUCUUGUCUACAGACAGUCACCAUGUACAACAUCAAAUCAUCCCUGCAGUCGCUGACGCAGAUGUUCAUUGGGAAAACAACAGAGUAUCUCAAUGACAUUGACAAUGUCCACAUGGUUUGGCUGGAGGAAAUUGAAGAGGAGGCCCAUCGCAUAUUCUCAAAGGACUUCAAUUCUGAGCCAGAAUUGAUGCCAAAAACGCCAUCGCAAAAGAAGAAUAGUCGCAGGAAGCGUGUGUCAUUGGGUCGCCAGGAGGAGCAAAACAAAAGAAGGUCCUCCAAAGGAAAACGAGUUAACCUCCGUAGCUCUGGGAUCAAGUCUCUAAAUGUUGUUGCUGAGGAGGAAAGCACAACUGAGUCUCCGGCUCCUCAAGUCAGUGACACUUCACAGCCGAAGCGCACUACUCGGCAAAACAUGAAAGCAAGUCCGGACGUAGAGGAAGCCACUCAGUCACUUCCCAAGAUCUGUGACACUAAGGAAGUGAGCAACAAGAAGCCUGAGCUGCAACCUGAACCAGAUGUUGUUGUAGACAAUGAGAGGCAAGAUGAGGCUUCCAGCUCUGCAGUAAACACACAAUCUCCAAAAUUGGUGGUGAGGAUAUCGGCGGGAGAUCGGUUGUCCGCCGAGUUUGCAAAGAAUGGAAGUGCAGGUGGGUCUCCUGGUCGCACUGCGACUAAAAUUGCAAUCGCAGACACUGCUGAAAGCUCACAGCGGCGAUCGGUGAGGCACUCUCUGAAGCUGCGCCACUCCCUGGGUGGCUGGCGUCCAAGCAUGACCCAGGAGUCGGUCCGCCGUGCCUCACGGCGAUCGAUCAUGAAAAGAAAGGCAGCUCAGGCGGACAACUCCACGUGCAGUGGCAACGUCAAUGGUGAUUCAAGUAUGGAAAUUGUGGAGGAAGAUGUUGUAGAGAUAAUUACGCCUCCAACUGCUGACACAGUUGAUGCUGUUGCUCAAGUCACUGACAGCCCGCCUGAGACGGACCAGGAGGCACGGACAUCUGUUGGGCGUGUAACACGCUCUGUGGCUGCAACUUUACCAGCACUGGCAUCUGCACCACUGUCGGUCAUGUGCACCCCAAACAAAAAAGCUGUGGCCACUGCAACACACCAGCCAACCACCAACAGGAUGUCACGUAGAAGUACAAAACGAAAGGCACCAGAUACAGCUGAGGAAAGCCCCGAAAAACAAUUUACUCCUCCCAAAAAAUCUCAAAGCGCUGUGAGACCAAACAUGAGGUCUUUCCUGCACACUGUCCAGAAGAAUCAGAUGUUGAUGAUGACACCAAACACUCUGGGCCGCUCUGCUGUGAUCAAAUCCUUCAUCAAGCACACAACCCCUCUGAAGACGGAUCCUAAGUUGAAAUUGGAUGUCGUGACAAAAGAGCGCAUGAAGCUGGAAGCUCUAAGGAAGAAGCAGGAGCAAGAAGAGGAGAGGAUGAGGAAAAUGGAAGAGGAGAAAAGGAGGAAGCAGGAGGAGCUGAGAAGGAAAAGAGAUGAGCGGUUGAGACGUGUGAAUGAGGCCAAAGUAAAGGAAGAGCAGAAAGAAGAAGAAAAGAAAAAGAAGAUUGAGCAGAAAAUGGCUCAGAUCGAUGAUAAGCGACAAGCAGAGGAAAAGGCCAAGAAGAAGGUGGCGUUGAAACGCCAGGAAGAGCUGGAGCUCAAACGCAAACUAGAAGAGGAGGCGAAGAGGAAGAAGCUGAUUCAAGCUGAGGAAGAGAAAAGGCAGCAAGAGUUGCUGGCUAAGAAGGCGGAGGAGGAAGAGCUGGCAGCGAGAAAGGUGGCAGAGGCGCGUCGAGCUCUGGAGCUGAGGAGGGAGCAGGAGCGCGAGAGAGAGCGACAGGCUGCGCUUGAAAAAGAACAGAAGGAAAGGGAGAAGGCCCUCGUGCUACAGCGUGAACUGGAGAAAGCAGCGAGAGAAAAGGAGAGGAGAGAACAGGAAGAGAAAAGACGGCUGGAGGAGCUGCAGAGGCUAGCGGCUGAAGAGAAAGCUGCUAAAGAGAGAGAAGCUGCCAAACUGAGAGAACUGGCUAAUGAAAAGGCUGCUGCAGCACGGAUGGCUGCUCUCAAUGUGACUGUGGAUAUUGAGCCCCCGAAUGCGAGCACGCCUGUUGGAAAAGGCAUGGCCAUGAAUGUGACUGUGGACAUUGAGCCCCCAGCUCAGAGCACACCUGUUGGAAAAGGCACGGCGCUGAACGUGACUGUGGACAUUGAGCAAUCUCCGCAGUCAUACUCACUCACACCAACCAAUGGCAAGAAAGCAGUCAAAGUAUCGGAAAGUGUCGAAGAUUAUGGGAUGGACCAGAACAGUGACGACUCUACAGAUGAUGAGUCGGCGCCAAGAAAGCCAGUUCCCUCCUGGGCAAAGGGACAUGGUCUGCAGCAGAUACUGAUGAAACAGUACUUCAAUCCACCUGACUUCGAGGCGUUCUUUGGGAGCAUCGACCCACCCAAACUGGAGGAAAUCUUUUCUAAAAGCAAACCGAGAUAUUUCAAAAGAACCAGCUCAGCAGUGUGGCACUCGCCCCCUGCUGGCAAAAAUUAAAAGUCUCUCAUCUCUGUUGUAUAAAGUUUCUUUGUUUUAAAAUCAUUUUGCAAUAAAGUCUUUUCAAAUCUUUGGGUUAUUUCCGUUCCAUGUGUGGGCCAUCUACCUGCUUGGUAUGUUGAAGCCCUUUUGGAACACUGUAACUGUUGUGUGUUGUGGGAAUAGCUGUUCAUUAAACCAAGACUUCGAAAACAGAUGUCAUGUUGGUGAAUUUCAAAGAAGUGUGAGUGUCAUCACUGAUAUCAAUCAUUAGGACCAGGUGGUUGUCAAACGCAGACCAGACUGUAUAUCGAACAUUGAUAAUGAGUAUGAGGAAGGGAGUACGUAGGCUCUAGUUUCUGAAGAAGUUUGAGGCAUUUGGUGCUGGAAGGUGUUUUCUUUGCAGCUGUUUUUCUGGGAUUGCUACAUUGGAGCUCGUGAUUCAGACUAUCUUUCUUGAUUUUGCAAUAAAAACAUCCACAGAUACAAAAAUAUUAUGCCUUAUACAUAUGUAUAUAUGGUGGGACCCUGAGACACACCACAUCUCCAGGCUUUAGCAUCGGUCAGGGUUUUGCCAUUCGAUCAUGACACCUGUUUUUGUUUCACUUUUUGUUCAACUAUCGUAACACUUCUUGAAUAGGCUGUUCAAUCCCUGAUGUGGGUGCUAGGUCCUGAUGCAAAGGAAAACACUGGUAACCUCUGUUACCAACUCCUGUUCAGGUUGAGACUCAGAACCUUCCCUCUCCCUCACACAGACAACCCCUAUCACGACCACAGUGCCACAUCUGUUUUCGAACUGUGCAAAGGCCAUGAUAGUGAA